GUAUAAUCAAUGUCAAAAUCGCGUAGUUAGUCUUCGAUUCCAGCGUUUUUAUAGAAAACUUAUGAUAUUUUAGAAGUAGAUAUUUAUAUUUAUGCACAGAAUCCUCAAUUACAGGAUAUUGUAGGGUGGAAUGAGGAUGGUUCAGGGUUUUUGGUGAAGAACGUAAUAGCCUUUUAGGAUCAAGUGUUGCCAAUGUAUUUUAAGCACAGGAACUUCGCAUCUUUUGUUAGAUAGGUAAUGAGGGAGAAAUUAAUAGGGAUUAGAUGAACAUGUAUGGAUUUCAUAAAUCAAGAAGUGAUCAGAAGGAGAAUGAGUUUAUUCACCCUCAUUUUAAGAAGGAUCAACGGUGAGUAUGAUUGAUUAUGUUAGAAAUCUGUUGAAGAAGAUAAAGAGAAAAUCAGGGGAACACGGUGAAGAUUAGUUUGCCAUAAUGGAAUUGAAACCUCAUCGAAAUCAAAACAUAUCAGAUGUAAAAUUAUUAUGGAUGAAACAAAAUUAGAAAUAAAUUCAGUAGAUAAUGACCAAAUAGUAAGAGUUAGAAAAGGUGUGCAAAAUUCUGAUUGAAUAAAAUAAUAAAAUAUUGCACUGCAAUUAAUAAUUAAGAAAUUAAUUGGUUCAAGAAAGGUAAAGAUUGAAUUCAUGAGAUUACUAGAUUCAAUGGAAAUAAAAAGUUAUAGAAGUUGAAGGAUUACUUUUUGGGCUAGUAAUAAAUAUAGGAUGAUUGUUUACAAGUAUAUUAAAAGUUUAAAAAUUAAGAAACGAGCUCUUGAGGAUCUAAUUUAAUCAGACAAUGAGGAGUUAAUACUUCCUAGUUAGAAGAAGGUCAAGGGAGAGGAUUCUGACAGCACCAUUGAUAAGAUGGAACAAUUAUAUGAUCAGCAACCUUUGAUGUUAACUAACUCUUUAGUUGAUAAUGAUGGUAUGAUUCAAUUGAUCGAUGAUCAUCAAUUCAACGAUAUCUGCUUUGAUUGAGCUAUAAUUAAAAU